CAAUCGUACUUCCGGUUCGGGAGAGGCUAAAGCGGACCAAUCAGGGGCGGACUACGUUUCCCAGCCUGCCUUGCGCGGGGAAGGAGAGCAAGAUGGCGCCGGUGGAACACGUUGUGGCCGACGCCGGGGCCUUUCUGAAGGGAGCCCCGCUCCAGGACUUUGGCCAGAGUGUCUACACAGUGCGGGAGGUGGUGGCCGAGAUCCGGGACAAGGAGACCAAGCGGCGCCUGGCGGUUCUUCCUUAUCAGCUCCACUUCAAACAGCCCUUCCCCGAAUACAUCCGCCUGGUGACGGAGUUUUCCAAGAAGACGGGCGACUAUCCCAGCCUUUCAGCCACAGACUUAAAAGUCCUUGCUUUGACUUACCAGCUGGAAGCCGAGAAUGUUGGUGUUGCUCACCUGAAGACGGAACCUGAGCAGAAGGUGAGGGUCAGCUCUACAAAGCAUCACCCCGAGGCCCUUGUCCAUGUGGCCGGAUUCCACCUCCCUUCCAAGACUAAGCACUUUGGAGGUGAAAAGGAGCCUUCGACGCGAGAAAGACAAGAGCAGGCAGAGACCGUUGGCCCCGAAGCCUCUGAGUUUGGCUCCUUCCUGUUCUGGAGGAACCCCCUGCCCAGUAUAGAGGAAGACCUGCAAGCCUUACUGGAUGCGGACGCCGUCUGUGUGGGGCCCGAAGACCCCAAGGGCCAGGAGAGCGAGGAGGAGGAAGAGGAGGAGAGUGAUGAAGAUGAGGAAGGCUGGAUCACACCUAAUAACAUCAGGCAGAUCCAGCAAGAGCUGGGUCAAGGGGCUGAGCCGGUCGGAGUGAAAGUGGGCUGCCUGACCACCGACUUCGCCAUGCAGAACGUCCUGCUGCAGAUGGGUUUGCAUGUCCUGGCAGUGGACGGACUCCUCAUCCGCCAGGCCAGGAGCUACGUCCUGCGCUGCCAUGGAUGCUUCAAGACAACCUCAGACAUGACACGGCUCUUCUGCCCACAUUGUGGCAACAAGACCCUCAAGAAGGUGGCAGUGUCCGUGGCCGACGACGGCAGCCUCCACUUGCAUUUCUCCCGGAACCCAAAGGUUCUGAACCCGCGCGGACUAAGGCAUCCUCUCCCUGCACCUCAAGGGGGGAAGCACAGCAGCAACCCGCACUUGGCCUGGGACCAGCGCUUCCCGCAGCAGCGCCCUUCCCGCAAGGCCAGGCAGAAGACGGACGCCUUGGCCCCGGACUACCUGGCAGGCCUCUCGCCGUUUGCAGAGAACGAUGUCUAUAGCCGGGCCGCCAGCCUCCAGAUCCGGGACGUGGCACAAGGGGCCGGGCGCAGGCGCAUGAACCCCAAUGCAGCGUCCGGCAAGAGGUGCGGCAAGAAGAGGUGAAGCCGGGUGGCACCGUCUGGACUGGGUUGGUGACCCUGAGAGAGGAGGAAGAAGAAGUAGCCUUCGUCUUCCUGCAAAGAGUUGGGCCCUAGUUGGCAAAUAGGGCAGUCCUUGCCCUGCAAAUACAAAGGGAGCGAGAGCACCGGAGAGACUUUGGGGAAGGCAGAAGGCCCAACCGUUAGGCCAUCUGCUUCUUGGACAAAUAGCCGUGGAGAGCUUCCGAAUAAACCAGCCUUUUCCCCUGCACUCUCUUGUCUUCUUGGUGAAACUCCGGUAGGGAGGAUAAGCAGCUCUGUCACUUUCAGGCCCCCAAAAAGUCAAAAUAGUAGCAGGAUAAUUACAUAUUUUUAUUCAAGCAGGCUUUUAAAGAAGAAACCCUUUUUUAAGACCAAGUCACGGGAUAUUGUAUGGUGUUUUAUGCAUUUCAGAUCGCUUUUGAUGCUGUUAAGUAUUUUUCAAAUAGUGCUAGGCUUAAUUCAAUUUAACGUUUAUAGUCUUUUGGAUUAAAAAUGUGUAUUGUAUUGUCUUUACCACUGCUCUUGAGUCACUUAAAUGGGGAGAAAGUCUUCUAUAAAUAAAUAUAUAAUAACUAAUAAAAGUAAUAUUAUUUGUCA